CAGAUUCACGACGACUGAAUUACAUGUACCCGCAUGUAGGAACUUCGGAAUUCGAGGAGCGAUCCGUUAUGGUAUAAAAAGGCUAACGCCACAGGGGUUACGCCACCGGAUCAAUCCGAGUGACCCCCGUCGUUAAAAUGUCGACUUCAAAUUGGACCUGUCCACCUACACAUCCAUUUAUCCCCGCUACCCCGGGCGAUCGACGUUCUCCUUGUCCAGCGCUCAAUGCGCUAGCAAAUCACGGGUACUUGCCCCGCAAUGGCCAGAACAUUGGAUUUUGGCAUCUUAUAUGCGCAGUCCAAGAAGUGUACAACCUGUCCUUUAUACUGGCAGCCUUACUUGCCUUGGCAGGAAUCCUGUUUUGUGGUCAUGCCUUCCGUCUGGACCUUGACGCACUGGCGAUACACAACAAAAUUGAACACGAUGCGUCCCUGGUUCACGCAAACGCAUUGGGUCAACAACGUGCACCUACCGAGGUCGACCCCGAACUUCUAAAGUCGUUUUUAAGUCAUGCAGAUCCUCGACGAGGCAUGAGUCUGUACCACCUCGCGCAAGUGCGCAUUUGUCGUGAAGCCCAGCUGUCUCGUCCACUCGACGUCAUCCAUUCCCAGAUCGGUUCUGGUGAGGCAGCUUUAUGUUGGCUGCUUCUCAAGCAAGACAGUGGUUGCAUUCCGUCGAGCACACUUUUACAAUGGUUCGGGGAAGAACGUCUGCCGGACAAUUGGGUUCGACCACGUCAUGUUAUAGGGCUGCUUAACGCGCGCUCAAAAGCGGUGGAAGUGGCCAACAUCAUGACGAAGUCUGCUUGCCAUCGUGCACCGUCGUCUUCUAACACGAAUGUCCAUGCUUGGGGAUUAAGGAGAAUACUCAAGAACCCAUAGAACAUUAGUGUAAUAUAUAGAGCCUUCUAUCUGCAUUCUACCGUGCAUCUUUCCUGACCUUGAAGAAAGGAUACAGUUUUUUUCAAGGAGCUUUUGUGCCGUUGGUCAAGUUUUCGUCCAUAGCUGACUUGGUGGCUGAGGAGACUGAUUUCAUCCUAGCAUAAUAUAAAGGAACGGUGACUGUCUUCCUUCUGUCAUGGUCUGCCUAGGGGAGACUACCAUUCUAUAUAGGAACAAGGCAGAGCUGUUGUCAUAACUGCUAGCGGGUUCACGACAAUGUAUAAAUUUCG